UGAAAAAUGGCCAUCACGUUCCGCAAGGUGUACCUCUUCGACGUGGAGGCGACCGUCCGACAGUCCAAUGCGGCGAAGGCGGCUUCCAAGACCAAAAAAGGGAAAAAGAGGAAACGCAAGCAUCGUCGACCGCGGUUGACCGACGACGUAGUUCCUGAUCCGUUCGAACUCGCAAGAGAAGCGGAAGAAACAGCGCAGCAGCAGCUACUUAAAGACGAAAUGGACGCGGUGGGUAUGGCAGGCAUGCUUCCACUGUCCUUUGGAUCGACCAAGCAACGUACAUUCGACUCUCUCUGGAAUACAGUCCAUGACUUCAAUGUUCAGACACCAAGCCACCAACGAUGCGUCGUCAAACUCCACAGUACAUCACGUUCGACGACGACGGGAAGGGCGUGGAAGUUGACCCCCCCGUCGUUCCGAUGAUGCGCAAGCGACCUCUGGAGGACGAUACAACUACCGACGACGUCAUCGUGGACGAUGCACCCACCGCCGAGUCCGCUCCUCCCCCUCAAAAGAAACCCGCCCACAUCCACCCAUCUCUUCAAAAGUACUGGGCCCAGCGAUAUGCGCUCUUCUCCAAGUUUGAUCUCGGCAUUGAGUUGGACCACGAAGGAUGGUUUUCGGUCACCCCCGAAGUGAUUGCUGCGCACCACGCGACGCGCAUUGCAUGCGACGUGGUUGUCGAUGCCUUCACAGGGUGCGGCGGCAACGCCAUCCAACUUGCCAUGACGUGCCACCACGUCAUAGCCAUCGAUGUGGACCCGGCCAAGAUUGCCAUUGCCAAGCAUAAUGCGACGAUUUACGGGGUUGCCGAUCGCAUCGAGUGGAUUGUCGGCGACAGUUUUGCCGUCUUGCCGCGGUUGCACCAUGCGGACGUCGUGUUUUUGUCCCCACCUUGGGGCGGACCGGCGUAUUUGAACCAAAACGUGUUCUCCCUUCAAGACAUGCGCAUGGGCAUGUUCGACGGCAUCGAGCUGUUCAAAAUCGCGGCGGCGGUGACCAAGGACAUCGUGUACUUUGUCCCGCGGAACGUCGACACGAAGCAAGUGAAGCUGCUCCAGGAAUCCAACGAAGAUGUGGCCGAAGUCGAGUUCAACUACCUCAACCACAAGCUCAAGACUGUGACCAUGUACUUUGGGAGCUUGGCGUGCGUAGGAGACUGUGCGCAGCAAGGCGAGGAAGGCGACGAGAGUGAAGACGACCGUUCCCACGAACAAGGUGUAGAGGAUACAGAGGGAGACACGACGCAUUAAACAUGUAACGUGGUAUUCGAUGGCUGCUCGUUCCACUUACAAUGGAGAAGGGGGCAACGACGGCAACCCAAACUCUUCCGUGUACAUGGCGGCCAUCGAGUUGUAGGCAAGCAUAUCCCCGGCCCGAAUCAUGUUGCCGGCAUCGCAGUUCAAGGGGGAAUCGGCGGCUGGGUCGGACAGAAGUGAUGACACGGCGAGGCACGCCGCACGCAAGGUCCAUGCAGGGGACCAUUCGCGUUUGAGAAUGUCGAGACAGAUGCUCCCGUCGACGAAGUGGACGUUCGGAUGAAAGAUCUUGGUGACGAAGCGCAUCUUCGGCGGCUCCAUCGGGUACAGAGGCGUCGUGACGAUGCGCAGCUCAAACACGCGAUGCUGGAACGGGGUGUCCGCGGGAGCUUUGAUGAAUGCCUUCCACUCGGUCACAGUGUCUUCCAAUGGGAAGAGCACCAUGUCGGCUUCCGGGCUCUUGCGCAGUUCCACCAAUUCCUUCCGCAGUCGCUUCACGUUCGUGUUCAUGGCAAAAUAUUUCGGUGGGAUUUGUGCGAGAAC